GGUCCCGUGCCUCGGGUGGAGGGAGAGGGAGGAGGAGGCGGGCGGCGUUGUGGCAUCGUCAGCGCGGCCCUCUCCGGAGCCUCCGGAGCCCAGCCCCACCCACCGCCCGGCGGCCGGCCGUUGUUUUAUGUUAGCGGGCGUCUAGUGAAGAGGAGGAGGAGGAGGAGGUGGGGGGGCGGCGGCGGCGGCGGCCGGUGAACUGGCGGUGGUGCCGAGUGUGUGGGUGGGGCUGGCGCGGCGGCGGGUCCCGCCUCCUCCUCUUUCUCCCUGUGGGACCACCCAGCGGCAGCGCAGCCCCAUGAGCCGCUCGCGGGAAGGGCGUUAACAACCCCGCCGGCCCCACCUGGCCUCCCCCCGGUUCCCCUCAGCCGAGCGAGCGUCGGCCUCCUCCUCCUCCCUCCUCUCGCCUUCCCCUCCCCGCCCUCGCAGCGCCUCCUGUCAGGCCGGCGCGCGCCCUCGCCUCUCUCAGGAGAGCGUAACAUCGAGCCGCCCACCGCCGCCGCCGCCGCCGCCACCCUCUCCUCUUCCUCCGGGGGCAUCACCCAAGGCACGGGAAGCCCGCGACGGGGCUCGAGCGGAGGUACCGCCGCUGGGAGCGCCGCGGCGGAGUCAUGAAGAUCAAAGAUGCCAAGAAGCCGUCUUUCCCAUGGUUUGGUAUGGACAUUGGGGGAACCCUCGUGAAACUUGCAUAUUUUGAACCUAUCGAUAUCACUGCAGAAGAAGAGCAGGAAGAAGUUGAAAGCUUGAAAAGUAUUCGCAAAUAUUUGACAUCAAACGUAGCCUAUGGGUCCACUGGUAUUCGGGAUGUCCACCUUGAACUCAAGGACUUGAUACUUUUUGGGCGAAAGGGAAACUUGCACUUUAUCCGAUUCCCAACCCAUGAUCUGCCUACUUUUAUUCAAAUGGGAAGAAGUAAAAACUUCUCAACGCUGCAUACGGUGCUCUGUGCCACUGGCGGUGGUGCCUAUAAGUUUGAAGAAGAUUUUCGCACAAUUGGAGACCUCCAGCUGCACAAACUGGAUGAACUUGACUGCCUUGUCAAAGGCUUGCUGUACAUAGAUUCUGUCAGUUUUAAUGGCCAGGCAGAGUGCUACUAUUUUGAAAACGCAUCAGAACCUGAAAGAUGCCAAAAGAUGCCUUUUAACCUGGAUGAUCCAUACCCGUUGCUGGUUGUAAACAUUGGUUCAGGAGUCAGUAUUUUAGCUGUCCAUUCCAGAGACAACUAUAAGAGAGUAACUGGAACAAGUCUAGGUGGUGGGACCUUUCUUGGCUUGUGCAGCUUGCUGACUGGAUGUGAAAGUUUUGAAGAAGCUCUAGAAAUGGCAUCUAAAGGGGAAAGUACACAUGCCGACAAGCUAGUCCGGGAUAUUUAUGGAGGAGAUUAUGAACGGUUUGGCUUGCCAGGGUGGGCAGUGGCAUCUAGCUUCGGGAAUAUGAUCUACAAGGAAAAGCGGGAAUCUGUUAGUAAGGAAGACCUGGCUAGAGCUACACUGGUUACUAUCACCAAUAAUAUCGGAUCUAUAGCACGGAUGUGUGCUGUAAAUGAGAAGAUAAACCGUGUUGUCUUUGUUGGUAACUUUUUACGUGUGAAUACGUUGUCGAUGAAGCUUUUGGCAUAUGCACUGGAUUACUGGUCCAAAGGCCAGUUGAAAGCUUUGUUCCUAGAACAUGAGGGAUACUUUGGAGCAGUUGGUGCCCUCCUUGGAUUGCCAAAUUUCAGCUGAAGUGCAAAGCAUCACAAAACUGAAUUAUUUCCUACCUUUCUGGCAUUAUUACAACACUGUUUUAUAUCAACUGGAACCAAAGGGCCGCUGUCUUGCUAUAAAUGUCUUUAAUUGUAAGAAUGAUGAACUGUCUCACUGAGACAGAGUUUGAAGCCUAGGUGUUUCUUUCAGAAGCACCUGGUGAUUUCCUUGUGUAAGGCAACCUCUAACACACGUUGAGAGUUCAGUAUGCACUACAGCCUCUGAGAAAUGAGCCUAGAAAUCAGAAUUGGAAUAUUAUUCUUAGUUUAGCUGUCCGAAUCCUGCAGCGCUGAUCAAAUUUUGCUCCAAAAACCCCCCUCCAGGCUAUUAGCUUGCAUCUAGUUGUGUCAGUCUUAUAGCCUUGUGCUGAAUGUUAAUUUCCCAUUGGGUCAAAAGAAAUUGACCCAGGGCCACAACCAAGUGCCAUCUGCUAAAAAUGAAGUUCUUUGAUGCAAAGAGUUUUUUUCCAUCAGUGCAGAGAGAUUACAGUGUGUUCAGACUUCCAGUAUUAAGGUUUCGAGAAAAUAAAAAUGAAAAUAUCAGCAAAGACUUUGUACAAUUGAUUUAAGGUGAGUUAAACAACUAAAUACACUUGUGUUUGGCUACCAACUGUAUGGUCAGAUUUUGUUAAGCUUUGCAGUAUCUGAGUUCAUUUGGUGGUUAAAUGAUAGCUGCCUGUGUUGGACGUUCUUCCACGUAGGAUUUUCAAUCAAACAUUAAAGGGCUUCAGAAAAUGGCCAAUAGAAAAAGUCCAUAGUUCAAAACCACCAAACUUCAUUAAAAACUUGGCAGCUGGUGUGACUGAGAUCAAAGUAGCGAUAGCAUUUCAGUUCUUACAUUGACAGUUCUGGUGGGAUGGCUUUUGUGAAAUUCCUCCGUUUAUAUAAAAACACUGAAAAAUUAACCCAGAUGUCAAUUUAGGGCAAGUAUUAAGGCAGCUUUAGAGGUUGUACUGCACAAACUCAAAAGGUCCAGUGUUCAUUGUACUCCUGAUAAACCGUUCCAGAUACUGCAACAGUGUGGCCUUGAAAUAAACUCAACAUACUGGGGCUACUCCUGUAUUUUCACUGUCUGCUGUUUUCAGACUUGAUUGUAAAAGUUUACAGUAGUGGCAUAUUUGUAGAUUGCUGCAGCAAAGCUUACCAUAAGACCUCAGAAGAAGAAGAAAUCAUCUCAGACAAGAAAAUUUCUAUGCAGAGAAAUACAUAAUUGUAUCUCGAGGAAUAUGCAGAUAUCCAAUCCAUGAAUGAAGUUUUCUAGAUGGAAAUUUACCACUCCUACUAGAGCUCAAGCUUAGUGCUUGAUUUACUUGAUCAAGUUGAUAUUAUUUGGGCACAUCAAUCCUUUAUACAGCAAUAUCCAUAUGGAAAAUGUAUCUCUAGAUAUCUAGUGUGCAUGGCUUUUCAAUUUUUAAAAUUCAAUUCCAUUUAACUACAUUUCAGCGCUCAUUGUCAGUAAUUAGUGUUGAUGUUGCUUGUGUUGACCUAAAACUGAUUUCCCUUUCUUACGACUUAAAAAUUGGUGAUCUCUAGAGCACUCAGCAGUGUCCAGAGAUACAUAUUUUGUUGGUCUCACGCUGGACAGAAAAUACAGGCUGAGCCAAGUUUCUUGUUAAAGAGAUGUUGUACUUGACUAUUGUGACCCCAUCUUUUUUAAAAAGAAAAGUAUAACAAAUAAGUCACAAAUGGUUACAUGGCAGUAACGCUUUGCCUUUAAAAGAUUAUAUAUCUUGGCCUCAUGUCUUAACCUAAGUGUUUCAGUUAAAGCGUAUGCUCUCGGUUGCAAUUUAUAUUUUUUAGUACAUAUCCUGGACUGUAAGAAAAUCAUCUAAAGUUUCUCUUGCUCUGUUUUGAGUGCCAUUCAGAACUGAAGAUGACUGAAACAACUGGACAACUCUUCCAUUUUAGUUCCUAGGCAAGUGCAUUACAAGAGUUUUCCUCUAGAAGCAAGCAGGUUUGACAUGUGGUGGCCUAGUUGACACAUCACAUUAAAUUGGAGUUUAAGACAAACUCUGGUUUAGUGUUCCCAUGGUCCUCUUCUUCUCCUGCUUCCAUGCCAUGGAUGAAUGAGCCAGAGUCUGGUGUGUCGUGUCCAUCAAACUUUGGAUUCAUGGUUUGUUUCCUCCACACUGCUUAUGGUUUGUUUUAGAGGAAACAAACCCACGAGCCUUAGUUCAAAUGGCCCAACUGGCUUGUUUUGUCUGCUGUAUAGAAGCAGGGGAAGAGUGCUGUGGAAAUGUCUGAGGAGUGUGCCGCCAGCACACUGCUCAUUUAUAUUAAAGCAAAAGUUUCUAAUAAACUAUGGCUUAGUGAAACAGCUCAGUAUAUCCCACUACAGGAAAAUCAUAGGUAUGAGGGAAACCCUGUAAAUAAAAGCAUCAGCAGUUUCUGUGCCACACAAGUCUGCACUUAUUACAUUAAAGCAAAACGCUUUCCCUGCCUUUUUAGAUUUGUAGGAAUAGAAGCUUCCAGUGUUUUGACUGUAUGUCCUAGAAAUGUUAUAAAUCCCCAUCAUUAAUACAUGGUUCAUGUUGCUAAAAUGGUCUCAUUUAGCACAAAAUGAAAAGACUGACCUCUUUUAGCGUUAGCACUUAAUGCAUAGGACUGCUAAAAACUUUCUGGGGAGAUAGAAAAAUUGCUGGUUAGGUAAAGCAAGAGGUUAUUUCCUUAUUUCUUUAAGGAAAGGAAGAGGGGUUCUGAAUGUUUUGGCUCUUAAGUCUAGUUUUAAGUGUGCCUUAAUGUAUCGAGUUUCAACAAAUUGGACAAUAAUAUUUCUGGUUUUGGAUAUUAUCUGUGGUCCUCUUAACACGGAAUGGUGCCAAUUCUGCAAUUGGCCCCUGUUAAUCAAAUGAAAAACUGUAAAGCCAGGUGGGCCACUGGGUAGCUAGACCUUUUUUACUUAUUUUUCUCACUGUACCUUCUCAAUCAUGUAAUCCUUUGUGCUCUUUGGGGUGCAGUGCGAUGUGUAGCCCUGGGUGCAGUAUAAUACUAAAAUAAGAGAACUUCAUCCUGUUCAGAAGGCAACAAUCUCUUAACAAGCCAAAUCAUUUUCAAGUUCAGUGAUAGUACAAUGCAAUAUCCAUUCCAUGAAGAUAUUCUGUAGCAUUUUCCUUCCCCAACCAUUAAACUUGGCCAUGGGGAGGAUUCAUUCAACUAAUGAAUCUCACCAACAGAACUCCUGCACAUGGGCUUUUUUGCUUGUGCAACAGGACUUGCCUCACCCCAACCCCCAAAAAUGGUGCUGUGGGUGAUCAGGAGUACCCCAGGAACAGCCGGGGGGAUCAUUCUGUAUGGUAAGCCAAAUGGCAUAAUGCGUUCCACCCCAUAUAUUUUCCAUUCAUUACGUGUAUUUCCAUGGACAUUUUUAAAGCACCAUUCCACUAAACCCACGAGGGAAAUAUAAGGACCAGAUCGCCUUUCUCGUUGCUUGCCAUUUGUGUUCUGCUUUGCGAUAGCUAAUAAGCCACAUGAAUCUAUUGGAAGGUAGGGAACCCAUCAACCUCCAGAUGCUGGACUACUCCCAUCAUCCCUAACCAUUGGCCAUGCUGGCUGGGACAGAUAGGAUUUCAGAGUCCAACAAUAUCUGGCAGGCCACAGGUUCCCCAGCCCUGCGCUAUCUCUGUGCCAUUGAAGUUGAUUGUCUGCAACCCUGCUGGAUGUCACUGAUCAAGCAGAUUAAGGCUAAUAAUGCGUUCGUCCUUCUAAUUGUACUGCUUAAGUCAUGUAAGAGUAAAUCUUGAUUUGUUACUAUUUGCAAACGCUGUGGACAUUGUACCUUUCUUUCAGCAUGCGGGGAAUUCAGGCAACCGUUACUGCCAACAUCCAUUGAAAUGACAAAACCUUCAGUAUUUGACCGACGGCAUAUGUGAAUCCUAGCUACACCGCUGAGCCAGUGUUCCUUAAAUUCUUUAAGAUAUUCCUCUGGGCUGCCUCAUGGAUUGCUAUUGAAAAUAGGGAUUAAAGAUUUAGCACAAGGGUAGGCAACCUAAGGUCUGGGGGCUGGAUGCGGCCCAAUCGCCUUCUCAAUCCGGCCCGCGGAUGGCCCGGGAAUCGGUGUGUUUUACAUGAGUAGAAUGUGUCCUUUCAUUUAAAAUGCAUCUCUGGGUUAUUUGAGGGGCAUAGGAAUUUGUUCAUUUUUUUCUCCCAAAAUAUAGUCCAGCCCCCCACAUGGUCUGAGGGACGGUGGACCGGCCCACGGCUGAAAAAGGUUGCUGACCCCUGAUUUAGCAUAUUUAGUCCUCUAAUGUGAAGUGGGUGCACAUAUCCUGGCACCAGUUGUGCACAGCAUGGUGGAGAUGUGAUGGGGCUGGGGAGAAGAUCGUCACCUUGCCCAUUACAGAAUUAAAAAAAGCUACGUGCUAAAUUUUUAGAUGUCUGCUACUUUAAUGUGUGAAGCAGCCCUUAAAAUAGGUUUUGAAUAUUUUUCAGGUGCUUGUACCGAGAUUAAAAUUUCUGUUGCUUAAGGAUUCAAACAUGGCUCAUUUAAUCUCCCAAAUAUUCAUGCAUUCAUGCUCUGUAAAUAGUGCAUAUAACAAUAAAACUGAACUGAAUGCAUUUAGGUUAAGUAAAUAAUAAUAAUAAAAAUUUAGUGGUAGGUCAAAAUAUAUUUCUAAUUGAACCUUUCUACUGAUAGGCCAUGUUUGGCUGUUGAUUAUAAUUUCCAAAACAGGAUUCAGGGGUUGUGAACCUUAACGCACUGUGCCAUUAAAAAGGGACGCUCCUUUUCAUUAUAAUUCAAAUGAAGUACAUUAUAAUAAACCUUAACCUUGCUGAGUUAAGACAAUAAAACUUGGGAGAUAAGAGAGCUGAAGAUCAGAUUGCUUACCUGCGCUAAAUGGAAAGGCUGGGAAAAGCAGCGCAGGAUUGAGGAGGCAGGUGAAAAACACGAUGCCUUAAUUGAGAGGUGAUAAUCCACUUAAAUUUUCUUUGUACUAUCAUGCCUAGAAUGCAGUGACUUAAGGUUUCCUAAUUCCAAAAAGCAAUGGCCAUAUUCCGAACUUUGGUAAAAUUAGAAAGACACGUGUAGCAAACAUUUCCCUUGAUCUACUUAACAAUAUUUCUCUCCCUCCCAUACCCCCAAAAGAUGUUUUGAGACAUGGCAAAUGGUCAGGAAAAUUGUGAGCUAAAAAUUCAUUUAACUCUGACAUUUGUGCAACUGAUCAGCGUUCAGAAAGUUUGCCAAGUGUACAUUGGACCACAAAUCCUAACUCUACACAGGUUUCAAAGGUGCUCCAUCUUUGAAGAGCACCUUUUUGUGCAGGAAAUGGCAACAUGAAAAUAAGUCCAAAAUGGGUGCUUUUGGUAUGCAGCACUGUAGAAAAUAACGGGUCUCAUGCCGUAGGAAGGUUUAGGCCAGGCUUCCUCAAACUUGGCCCUCCAGAUGUUUUUUUGAGACUACAAUUCCCAUCAUCCCUGACCACUGGUCCUGCUAGCUAGGGAUCAUGGGAGUUGUAGGCCAAAAACCUCUGGAGGGCUGAGUUUGAGGACACCUGGUUUAGGCAGUCAUUUAGUAUUCCUUGUCCUAUUCAUUGUGAUGGAUAAAGUAGAUUGAUGGUACUUUAACCCACCGCUGCUUUGUUUUGAUAGCAAAUAAUGGGCUACGUCAGUUUGGGGGCAUAAUGCUAAACUCAUGCCUUGUGAAAGAGUUGGAAGUGAGCUGUGGGCUUUUAAAUUUCCCCCUCCCCCUUCCCCAUUAUCUCGCCGGCUCAAACAUCAAAAUCACCCACUUUCUGUUUUAAACUAAUCUUAAAUCUUGUGUGUGUCUGAAUCAACCAGGGCAGGGAGAGUAUUUCUGGUUAAUUUAAUCAACGGUUUGUUAACACUCUUGGAUCCUAAACCAUGGUUUGAUGUUGGGUUU